GGACCACAACCUGACUUGUUGCAUGGAGUGUGAACAGAUACAAUGACGGCAUAAAAGUACAUGUGACGCUGUUUUACAGCUAUUCGGGCUGCAUGCUGUUGGCACUGAUAUACGUAAGGGCCCAACGAAGAUUAGUCAGCACAAAUUUUAGGGCUUUCGUCCAUCCCUCGAGCGUGUUGAACUGCGUCUUGACCGAGUAGAACUCCUUUCCGUUUCCGAUGCGAUCCUUAGAGAUGGAGUAGGGGAGUGCAAAUCUGGAGCCGCUGCUGAUCUCAAUGUGUUGCUUCAGCUGGUUGAGACAGUCGAGAUAGGCCACCAGACCCAGAUCAAACUUUGAGUCUGCAAAUAUCCUGAGUCCCGCCGAGCUGUACAGCGGGAGAUGUUGGCUUUUCUUUUUCCCUUCGAUGACGUCUACAAACGUCUGGUUCCCAUAGGGCACCACUUUGUAGCGGACGAACGUAGCACCGGCGUUGCGAGCCAAUGUGACAAGGAGGAGCGCGGCUUGUCCGAGCGCAGCAUUGAUCUCGCUCCACUCUACCGGCACGGUUUGGAGCCGCCCCAACCGAAGACCGUUGAUUGUCCCAAAGUGGCCGUUGUGCCAGAUGUGAAACGCAGAGUUGAGAACGUUGGUCUUCUUGAGUCGCUCUAGCUGUUCGGUCAUGUACUGGAGCUGGUAGUCGACACUUCGCUGUUCCUCUCUGAACUGCAGCACUUGUCUCUGGUACUCGUUGAAGUUCUCCCAGUACGUCUGCUCCUCUUCUUUGAGUCGCCUCUCACGCUCCCUCUGUCGCUCCAACUCGGCGGCUAUUUCACUGCGUUUUCGCUCCGUGUUUCUCAGUUUCUCCUUCAGUUUUUCCUCCUCCUGUUGCAGUUGCUCCAGCUCUCGGUCCAACUCUGGCAUCUGUAUUUUGUACUCUGUCACCUCCUGUUCCAGACGGGCGGACAUCUGCUUGUACCGAUGUUUUGCCUCCUCUUCCUCGACUAUCUCUUCACGAUAUGCCUCGAUGACGGCCUCGGGGCAGUCCGUACACAGAGGAUGGUCCACGUCAGAGACGCUGGAGAGGAGUUUGAACGUCUCGGAGGCGAUUUGGAUUUGCUUCAGCGUGCUCUUGCUGUCCUGCCUGCUCCCGGCCGCCCCCGUCUCCGACAGUGGCGGUAGACUGUCGUAGAUGACUGACAGGGUCUCCACGCUGCUCUUGACCCGGUGUCUGGUUCUAGUCUGCGGCGAGCUCCGCGGCAACGGAGGGGUUUUAUCGUCAGCGGCGAUCGCCUCUGCCGUAUGCGGGUCUGCUGCGCUGGAUUCGCGCCGAUCUGAGCUCUGUCUCGCCGUUUCUUCCUCCCCGGACCACUCGAGGCUCAGCUUGCUCUCCACGUCCUUUGCCAGCUCCAGCAGGGACUUGGGGUCCAGGGUACGGUUGAGCUUGACCGGCUGGGAGCAUUUCUGGCACACGAAGCUGACGUGCGUCGUGGACUUGCCCUGUCCUGCAGACAUUGGUCUCUGUUACACUUUUCCACUAACGCUCAUUUACAGGUCGUGCACUGCGUCGUCUCCCUGUCUCCCUUCUUCGAAGUUCACCAAAAUAAACGCCAAACUCCGCCCACAUAAAGAAACGUGUGGUGACCGCGUUUUUCAGGUGUCAAAAUUUCGUGCGUGUGCAGAGCUAGCUAGAGAGACUGGUGAGACAGAAGGAUCUCCAGCUAGCUAGUCAUGGAGGUGCCACCGAACCAAACACUCUAUAUCAACAACCUGAACGAGAAAGUGAAGAAAGAAGAGCUGAAGAAGUCUCUCUACGCCAUUUUCUCGCAGUUCGGUCCCAUUCUGGACAUCGUUGCCGUAAAGUCGCUCAAAAUGAGAGGACAGGCGUUUGUGGUGUUCCAGGAUAUUUCGUCUGCUACAACUGCACUCAGGUCGAUGCAAGGGUUUCCCUUCUACGACAAGCCAAUGCGGAUUACAUACUGCAAGUCAAAGUCAGACGCAGUCGCCAAACUGGACGGUACUUAUGUGGAGCGCAAGAAGAAGGCCGAAGAGGAAGCCGUACCGACCAAGAAGGCCAAACAACACGCAGCUGCUGCGUCUGGACAUACUCCGAUGCAAACUGCACCAUCUCACUCUGGCGGUGGGAAAGAGGGACCGAAUAAGAUCCUCUUUGUCACCAACCUCCCUGAGGAGACCAACGAGAUGAUGCUGAGAGUCCUUUUUCAACAGUUCCCUGGGUUCAGAGAGGUCAGGCUUGUACCAGGUCGCAGCGAUAUUGCAUUUGUGGAGUAUGAGACAGAAAUUCAAGCUGGAGAAGCUCGGUCUUCACUGCAGGGAUUCAAGAUUACCAUGUCCCACGCCAUGAGAGUCGCCUUUGCUAAAAAGUGACACUCAUCCGUUUGGCUGUAUACUCGCUCGCCCUAUUUUACCUGUAGUUUAUGUUAUCACUUUUGGUUUCAAUAAACAACCUAAUUCGGAAGUUGAUAUACAUAGAGUGGUACGAUUGGUUUUUAGUACUGACUUGGAUGAUGUAAGUGAUAUUGAUUUGAUGAGGCUACACAAUACACGCUGUAUGUUCAAUGGUGGAGUAGGAGGAUGGCUAUGAGAUAGGGGGAGGUGGCUGUCUAUUUCUUGGAGGGAUGUUUGAGUGCCAUGCACAGGGCCAGCUGCUGGCAAAAGUCAUCUGGGAUCUCGGAGGGGAAGAUCAGUGUCUCGUCCUCACUCGAACACACAGCCUUGAAAUAAGGCUUGCUCCCACCUGCUAGUGUGUUCAACCGGACGCUGAAUUUGUUGACGCAACCUUCACCCUUCUCUCUGACAUCAGAGAACACCAGAGAGCGUCUGUGGAACUGUAGAAUGUGUAGGAUACGUACAUUCACAGUCAAAAUUUGCCACGGACAUGAUUAGCA